UGCUCAUCCUCUCUCUCUCUCUCUCUCUCUCUCUCUCUCAUAGUUGAUGAAGAGAUAAAGUUCUAUAGUAGUAUUUGAUAGUCUAUACAUACACCAAUUAUUUUAAUUCAAAAAAUAUAUAUAUACACACCAAUUAUAUACGUAUAUAUAGGCAUCACUUUCUUUGUUAAAAUCCAAUCCACCCCACCACGCCGACCCACCUUCCAUCAACCCCCGGCCUUUCCCUCCAUCACCAUCACCACUGCUGCCAUCCUUUUCUAGGCCUUCGUUUAGACACGCUCUUGCCCUAACUUUUACUACCAAUGAACUAGUACAAUCUCUUUUAUCUCUCUCUCUCUCUCUCUCAUUACUUGCACUCUUCAUCAUCAUGUUCCAGUUUCCACCUUAGAGAAAACUUUUUUGAUUCAAAUCUCCGUUUAAAAGCUCUCAAAUAAAGUUACUUAAAAGAAGAAAAACAAAUGUAACUGCUGCAUUUACAAGGUCCGUAGGCAUGUUUCCUUCAGGCAAUAGCGAUAACCCUCUUGACUCCUUGUUCAAAAGGCCAUCUUUUCAGCUCUGUGAUCAAAAUCCUAUAAUCUCCAAACAAGAUCAUCAUCAUGACCCUUCAUUUUACUCCAACUUCCCUUCACCAUUCUUUGAUGAACAUGAACUGCCCUUGAACCAGAUGUUGUCUCAGAAUCUGCUCAUGCCUGCAGCAGAUCAGCCUCAUGAGGAAAAUACUGAUCAUAAUCCUACGAGAAAGGAAAAGCAGAUGAUCAGCCUGUCUCUAACGGGGUCGUUGGGCCCGUGAAAAGGCGAAAUCUAGGCGGUGGGCCGAGGAAGAGAACUGGGAAGAAGGAUAGGCACAGCAAGAUUUGCACUGCUCAGGGGGUUAGAGACAGGAGAAUGAGAUUGUCCCUACAAGUUGCUCGAAAAUUCUUCGAUCUUCAGGACAUGUUAGGCUAUGAUAAAGCAAGCAAGACGAUCGAGUGGCUCUUUAAUAAAUCAAAGAAGGCGAUCAAGGAGCUGACGAAAGAGAGUAUUACACAAGGAAAUCAUAACAUCUGCAAUACCAGUGAUGCAAAGAGUGAAUCGUUUCUGUCUGAAUGUGAAGUGGUAUCAGGAACUGAGGAAAACUCAAACACUGAGAUCAAGAAUGUAAGUGGCAAAACUUGCGAGAAAGAUGAGAAAAAAUCGCGAAAAACUGCUAACAUAAGUAAACCUAACACGAGAGAGUCGAGGGAGAAGGCAAGAGCAAGGGCUAGGUGCAGAACAAGGGAGAAGAUGAUGAUCAAAUGGUGUAAAUCAAGCCCUAAUCGUGAGAAAUUAGGGUCUUCAAAUAGCCCAUUUGAAGGGAUUGAUCAAGAAUCAGGUCCCCAAAAUAAUAGCCAGCAAGAAAGGGUUUCUCCAUGCGGUGCUGAUGACAAUUAUCCCUCUCUUGAAGUAGCUGAUGUGGGCACAAUAGAGAAAUUGUUGGGGAAUUUUUCAAGUUCAUCAUCAACAUCUGACCACCCCAUCUCUGAUUAUCACUACUGCUCUGCUGCUGUUUCCUGUUGCAUAGAUCCCAACAGUAGUUUCAUGGGAUUUCUCGGAAAUUGGGACCUGUUGAUGAACAAUGACAAACCAAACUCCAGUCUCACCACUCAAGUUUCACUGGCAGAUAACCUCAACUCAUCAGUUUACUCAUCAGCCACCAUGACAAAUUUUCCCUUCUUUCACCAAUGAGGAAUCCCAUCGUAUGUUAUCUUGCAAGAUAUUUCAGGUAUGUGUAAAUUAUUCAUGGAUUUGAUCAAUUUCAGAACUUGGAAUCCCUAGCUAGCUAGCUUUCAUGUAUUAUUUCUGUAUCAAUAGGGCUAGUAUUUAAAUAAACAUUAUUAUUCUAAAUAUAUAUAUUGUACUGGUGUUCUUCAUAACCUGAUUGCUGUUUCAAUGACCAAGAACUUCUUGAAUUAAUAUCUAACCAUAAUAUACUAACUAGCGCCAUAGAAUGUGGGAAUUGUAUACAUAAUCUUAUUCGUUUUUGGGAGAUGAGCUGUUCUGGGGAAGGAUUUUAAUCAUGAUAUGCAGGAACGUACUAACUGUGUUGU